GAUCCGCCGCCGUCCCAGAAAGCUGUGGCACUGGGGUCGUCGCGUCCCUAGAUCUGUCGCUCCCUUUCGCUUCGCCGGGCCGACCCUCGCUUCUCCGUGGCCUGGAGCCGCACCGGGGCAGGCGGCAGGGAGUCCCGCCGCUAUGUCUCAGCCCGGAACGGCGAGGCACCCGCCCCCCGCCGCGCAUGGUGACAAGAAGGCAGGUGGAGCUUCUUCCAAAUCAGGAGAGAAAGAAGCAGAUGUGGCAGAGAAGAAACCAGCAAGUGGUAGUGUUAGCCAACCCCUCAAAACACAGACAAGUGAAGCACCUUCUGCUAUUAAGAAGCAGUCCCCUGCUGUGGAUGUAUCAAAACCCCAAAUCAUGAAGCCAUCUGAAACAAAGCCUGCACCAACAACCAUAACAGAGUCUGGAAAAAACACGCAGUCAACCAAGGCAAAAAGCCAAACUUCCCCUUCUCUGACAACAAAUAAUGCAGAAAAAGUAACUACAGCUCAAGCUGGCCAGCCUCCACAAGCAAUCUUCAUAGAGACAGCAAAGCCCAAGUCUGAGAAAAUGUCCACAGAGGCUGCUGCAGCCAGUGCAGGUGCAGCUGGUGCAAGUGUAAUUCCUGUGGCUGAUAAGUCAAGCAGUGAGCCUGGAAUGGAUAAGUCAGCACUAGAUAGCCUAAUAGAUACCCUGGGUGGACCUGAAGAUGUGCCUACUAGUCCUGUUAACACUGGUCCAGAAGUUACGGAAGAUAUAUCUUCAAGAUACCUGGAAGAACUGGGUAAACGAGAAGGUAGUCUCCCUCCAGAAUAUGUUAAAUUGUUGAAGAGCAAAGGGAGUGGCAAAGAUGGAUUCCCAACAAAAGCAGAUGAACGAGAGGAAAAACCAAUGACAGAUGAUGAGCUUGCAGAGGCCUUGUCAUCAGACUUUACCUGUAGUGCUGCUUCUGCUGAAGAAAAGACAAGUCUGACAGAGAAACCAAGUAAGGAAGGAGAAAUUGUACAAGCACAAGCAGUAAGUUCAGUAAAGACCUCAGUUCCUCCUAAGGAGAAGAAAACAAAAUCAAAAGAGAAAAUUAAAGAUGAUGUAAUGGAAGUUCUUCUUGAUACUCUUGGUGGACCUGAACUUGAACCUGAAGAUCACACCCCUGUUGUAGAGGUGGCAGAGGCUAAAGCUAAGGAGAAAAAGGAAAAAAAGACUGGAGAACUUGAUGAUACGAUACCUCCUGAAUACAGGUUAACACCGAAGUUGGAUAAAGAUGGAAAACCAGUAUUGCCAAAGCCUGAAGAAAAACCUAAGCCUUUGAGUGAAUCUGAUCUUGUUGAUGAAUUUUCAAAAGACUUUGCGUGCCCUGCCCAGCCUGCAGUCCAGUCCAAACCAUCAAAGCCCAUCAGCAUGUCCAAAACACCUUCAGAUUCUGUGGCUGCAAAAACUACUGAGGAUGAAGAUGAAGCAGUCCCUUGUGCCACAGCUUGCACUCUGCAGUCUUCAGCUGCAACAGCUGUGUCUUCAGUUGGCCAAGUGGCAGAUGAAGCACUGGAAGCCUUAUCCAGUACCCUAGGAAAGAUGGAACCUGAUCCAGAUGAAAAGAAGCCUGCUGUGGACAAAAUUAAGGAGAAAACCAAACAGGAGCAACACAAAAAACUGGGUGAAGAUGAAGAAACAAUUCCUCCAGAGUACAGAUUAACAGAAGCAAAAGAUAAAGAAGGAAAACCACUCUUACCAAAACCAGAAGAAAAGUCCCAGCCUAUGAGUGAAAAUGAUCUUUUAGAGGGGUUGUCACAAGGAUUUUCCUAUUCUCCGUCUCCAUCUGCACCAUCACCUACACCAGCUGUAAUGAAGAAAACCAAGAAGGCCAAAAAUUCUGCAGAUUCUUCUGACAUUGUCUCUGCUGCUACAGUUUCUUCAAUGCGCUCAGCAGCUCCUCUAGCUUCUGUCUCCGAAAAGGCUAAAUCUGAACACAGAGACAAACUUGGAGAAAGAGAUGAUACUAUCCCACCUGACUAUCAAGAACUUCUGGAGUCAGGUGAGCAGGGUAAACCAAAAAAGCCAACGGCAAAGGGCAGUGUGAAACGUAAAGAACCAGAGAAGCCAGUGGAUGACUCUGCAGCUAUCGAUGCCCUAUCAGGUGACUUUGAUACGAGUGCAAGGGCUCCUGCUACACCACAGCACUCAAAGGGGUCAAAAAGCAGCAGCCUGCAAACUGAAGUUAACAUCAGAUGUAAUUCCUGGGAUGAAAUACCUGUGUUUCCAAAUAGCUCUUCUGGCCACUGCAGUACUGCCCAGGACAGAAGUGGAAAGGAAACCACUAAGCCAACCCCGAAGGCUAAAGGAAAACCCAAAGACCCUAAAACGGCAAAGGGACAGUCCUCCAGCAGCAAAUCUGAAAAGCAGAAAACAAGCUAAACGUUAACAUUAUUGGGGUCUUUGUGCAUCACAUAAAACGCCUUCUUUCUCUUGGUGGAUAAUAAUUCCUGAAGAACAAAAGCUCAUGCAAAAAACAUAUGGUUAUGCUGGAUGGUCUCUGUAUGGUGAAACUUGCUGGUCUUUUUCCAUAUUUUCUUUUUUCCCAGUAGUGGACUAAGUUGUAUUAGGUUUGGUUUUUUUUGUUGUUUUUUUUCUCCCACUCUAGCCAUUAAUAUUAUUACACUCAUAUACUUAACAUUUUUUGUAAUUUUCUUAAGUUUUCAGAGGGAAAGGAUGCUUUAUAUUUGCAAGAAAUACUAUAUUUUAUAAUAGCAAUGCCAAAGAAGAAAAACUGCAGACUUUUGCACAUAAUCUCCACAUAGUGCCUGUAAAUCUCAGAAGAAUUUGUAUGUGCUAGCAUUUUUAACAUUGCAGUGAAUGCAUUAAGUAUUCUGGAAUAUAUUGAGCUUUAGUUAUCCUCAGGCUGGCUGUGCAUUCUUUCUGCAAGCCAGUUCCUGGUAGACUGUAAGUAAGGUGUGGUAGCUAAAGACUGAAAAACUGGGGAUUAACUGCUUCAUCAAGCACAUGUAGGAAUUAGAGAGGUAUUUUGGAUGCUGCCUUAUUUGUAGUUAAAGCGAGAAAAACACACGAGAUACAAAUUUUAAGUUUCUACUUCCAGUGGUAUCUGUACUGUUACUUUGUAAUUUCAGGAGUCUCCUGUAUUGAACAAAUAUAAAUUCUAGUGUAACAAUGCCACCCUUACUAUCACAGCAAAGGAAAUAAAAAAGGUACACAAGCAUUAGCAAAGAUUAAAGAGAAGUUCAACAGGUGCACUCCUAUUUAUUUUAUUUUAAUUUGCACUGUUUCUAGUCCUUGCCUCUGUUCCUCAGGCUCCAGCAGGGAAUGUAGAGCAGUUGUUUGUGCUUCAACAAACAUCAUGUUCACCUGCUCUGCCAUGAACAGGCACAAGUAGGUGCCUUUUGCAAGUCUGUUGCAGACCGGGCUGUCCCACAGAGGUGGCCAAGUGCCUCCAUGUGGUUUAUUCUGUCCUCACGUGUGUACUGCUUCUGUGUGCUUGCAGAGGAAGGCCAUGACAACCGUCGAUACCAAACUCUGUCUCUGGUAUGUAGCAUUGCAGACGGAGACAGCCCGGAGAUUUAAACUGGGGAUAUUUAGACUUUUGACUGUACUUUGCAGUCUGUACUAAGAACCUGUGUCACACUAAUAAAGUCUUUAAGAAUGAA